UUAUAAAGGUCGCAGCGCGGGGCAGUUGUGCUCACUUGCCUGACAAGCCGGUGUCAGAGGGACACAGUGGACGCGUAGAUCCUUCAGGCUUCCCACAGCACUCCAGCCACAGCCCGGCAGCCGGUCUCUUGGGCCCGGCCUGAGCGUCCCCGACAGCCGCCCACCCGCCUCCCAGCUCCCGCAGCCCAGGCGCCCGCGCUCCGCCGAGGAUAGCGAGGAUAGCCGUAGGGAAGAGGAUGGAGACGCGUCCCGCGGGCCUGUUCCAGGCGCUGAGGCUCUGCCUAGGUUUGCAUCUUCUACAAACAGUUCUCAGCACAACUGUGAUUCCAUCAUGUAUCCCAGGAGAAGCUGAUGACAACUGCACAGCUUUGGUUCAGAUGGAAGACAAUCCACGUGUGGCUCAGGUGUCAAUAACAAAGUGUGGCUCUGACAUGAAUGGCUACUGCUUGCAUGGACAGUGCAUCUACCUGGUGGACAUGAGUGAAAAUUACUGCAGGUGUGAAGUGGGUUACACUGGUGUCCGAUGUGAGCACUUCUUUUUAACUGUCCAUCAACCCUUGAGCAAAGAAUAUGUAGCUUUGACUGUGAUUCUUAUUAUUUUGUUUCUUGUCAUAGUCGCCGGUUCCAUAUACUACUUCUGCAGAUGGUACAAAAAUCAAAAAAGCAAAAACUCAAAAAAGGAAUAUGAGAGAGUGAUCUCAGGGGAACCAGCAUUGUCUCAAGUCUGAACGGCUCAGGGAUGCACAGCACGCCUGAUUAAUGUUAAUAUUCCUAUUUUAUUAAUAAUAUUUAUGUUGGGUCAUGUGCUAGGUCAACAACAGCAUAUUUUUAAUAUGCUUAGAAGAAUGUUUUUAUUUUGUUUUAUUUUUUGACAGACUAUUUGCUAAUAUAUUAUGUGUAAAAAUAUUUAAUAUCAAAAGAAAAGAGAUAUUUUUAUAAGAAAUAAUUUCCUGAGCUAAAUGCUUUAUUGAAAGCUUCAAAGCUUAUAUGCCUGCUGCACAGUGCUUAGGAAUGAGCAAUGCCCAGUUCAUUGUUCAGGAACUGUCAGCAUGUGACAGAUUUUUGUAAACCUAAAUAUAUGGUCAAAUCAAUGUUUUAAGUAGAUUCUUUUCUACUCCUUAAAUCAGUGAUAAUUUACUUGACUAUGUUAUGGUUUGAUGCAUUAGUUUGGCACUACUGUUUCAGGUAUUAAAAUAGUAAUAAAAUUGGGAUUUGGGAGAAACAAACAGAUCAUAUGCUAAACACUGCAUAUUUGAAAUAAACUAAGUUCAGGAAGAAUGGCCUCUUUAUUCCUGUAUGGGCUAAUUUGAUACAUAUCUGCAUGGAGGGUCAGUGAACCAUCCCCAAUGCCAACCCACAGCCACAGAAAACUGUUAGCCACCUACCAGAUUCUCUCCAAGUCAAGCGAAUGGAACGCUUCAUCAUCUUUCAUGUCAAUAGUGGGUAUUCCAUAGCUUCACAAUAUUCCACUUUUGUACAACACAUUGUUUAUGUGAGGUAAUUGUUGCUCAUGAGGCCAUUAGGAAAAAAAUACAUAAAUUUGUGCUUCUUUUUAGGGUAUUUGUUUUCAUAGGAGACUUGUUGAAGAAUUAUAAGAGUAAAGCAGAGUCCAAAAUGUGAUUAGCUGAUUAUCAUUUUAAAAUAGAACAGUCAUUCUACAUGUUGUCUAAAAAUGGAAAUACAAGUAUUUCAUUUUCUAUCCAAGAAGUUUUACUUACAAAUAGUUUAGUAAGUAGCUUCUUCUAGAACUUAAAGUUAUAUAUUUUAAAAUAUCCUGAUACAGGAAGUGGAAAAUAAUAGGAAAAAUAAAUUGUAUUUUUCCAAAUGAAAAACUCUAUUUGGAAGUUUUUAAAAUGUAGAGAUUUAAUCAUACCUUCCCAUGGAGGCUGAGAUGAAAGUACCCCCCUACACACUUUCCCCCCCAUGUCAUUUAUUUAUUUUCUGGAAGAGAUUGAGAUUUCUUCUGCACUCUGAGCCUAUAGGUCUCAGUGAGUUAAGGGUAUUUUGGGCAAUUGCAUAGGAGACAGGGCAGUCAUCACCUUCGGCGUUCAGGGGAGGCUACCUCCCUGAUUGCUAAAUCUUUUGGUAGCAUCUCUGUAUCACAUACCAGGUCAGGGAGGAUCGUCUUCCUCCACCUUUUUCUUGGCAUGUACUAGGGCAACAAAGAAAUCAUAAGCCGAGUUACCUCUGGAGUACCAGGUGCCAGGACUUGCCUCCAGAUGGAGCCAUGGAUUAUCUACCCUGGUGUGUUCACAUGGUUCUCAUGUAUAGUCCUGGCCUGGCUCUUGCCAUUAGGGAAACAAGCAAACAAAAGAAACAAAAAUAUAUACUUAAACAUAUUCAUGUACAAACACUUAGGUAUGCAUGAGCUCUAUGGACCAUUGAAUUACAGUCAUUUGUUCUAUCAACUAAUAUCUGAAACUUAAAAACAAGAUAAAAGGAAAAUAAAAAUCAGUGCUACUUAAAAGUAUAUUUAUUUCAUGUUAACUAUAGCCAAAAUCAAAUGUGUUAUCUUAGGGCACAUUUUAAAUCCAAUAUUACUUAUUGACACCUACUGAAUAUAAUGCAAGUCUGCCUAUUUUCAGUGAUUUUGUCUGUUUCAAAGAAAAUUUAUUGACUAAGAACUCAACUACAAUCUAUUUCAUUAACAAAAGCUUUAUUGACAGUAUCUUGGUAUUGGUAUAUUAGUCUAUCUUCAGCAUCUCAAUUCAUAUUAUAUAACAUGGUGCAAGUAGUUUUGGAUAUUUUUAUCUUUACUCAAAAUGCUUAAAAACUAUCCCCAUAGGGAUGGGGAUGUAACUCAGUGACAGAGCACUUGCCUAGUAAGUGCAAGGCCCUGAGUUUUGUCCCCAGUACUGCGAACAAACUAACGAACUAACCCCUGAAAGAGUUAAAUUUUUAUUUACAAAUACAUAUUAAAUAAUGAAAAAGUAUAACUUGGAUUGCAUUUUGUGGAUGAAAAUUAGUAAAACGUGAUUGUUUUAGUGAGGAUCAUACUGAGUAGACAUAAAAAAAAAAAAAGAUUGCUAUCAGUUCAUGUUUCCUGCAGAAAAUGUAAAGUAUUUGGCUCACUCUUA